UUCUGUAUUCGUCUAGUGCGACGUUCUUGUUUGGUUUUUUCGAAGACUGUUUUGUGUGCGUUUUAUUUCAGUAUUUUCAGUUCAAUCCCAUUGUUAUGUUUUUUUUUUCGUUGUGUUUGAUUCUCUUUAUUUUGUGUUUUCGUAUACACGGUCAAUGUGAUCGAGAUCGCUUGCUCAUUUUUGUGCUUGAGAACUCCAAAGACGAUUUGCGCAAGCAUAAAACAAAUUAAUUCAGUGUUCUACAUCGGUUUGAAUUUGAAUUUCACAUAAAAGUAGUUUGAAUGGCGCGGCAGUGUGCAUAUAUGCAUUGCAUACGAUUAACAGUGAAAUAGCAUAAUAAACACACAUCCAUACAAAAAGAAGUAUCAUCGUUUUAUGAACGCGAACAUUUGCAACAUAUGAAUGCAAAUAAAAAGAGAUAGAGAAAAAGAGAAAGAGAGAGAAAGAGUGAGCGGGAGAUGGUUAUAAAAACUACGACACGAUGGAAAAUGCUUUGAAAAUGGUUAACAUAAAAACAGAAAGAAACACCAUGUACAAGAUACGUGAUGAGUGAGGUGGUAGAAGGAAGGUAUCUUAUAUUGCAAACGAAACUGAUAAAAACCCACAACAGCAACAACAACAAGAAAAAACACAUAACAACUGUCUUGUUGUUAACUGCGAUCCCAAUUCUCGAAUAUAUACCGAACUUCACAUCGCACACUACAAUCAUACUAAUCAGAGUGAAUGAACAACGGGUUUUUAACACUCCUCGAUGGUGUGCCCGCAAUCAGGUUGAUGUUGUUGGCAGGUCUGCAUACGUAUAUAAAUUUAUGAAUGCCGCAGCUGGUACACACAAACAGAACACUCCUAUUUACUAAAAGUGGUUCACAAAUAAAACUGAUGAAACUUAUUUGCAAGAACAAACAAACCCAGACAGCAAAAGAAGAAAAUUACAAAUAGAAAUAGAACGAACAACGACGACAAAGUGUUUGUUUAUAUUGGCUUAUUAAACGAAACAAAAACAAAAAAAGUCACAUGACAUGACAUGAUUGCAUCGUUUUGAGAAGACUUCUAAUAACUAAUUAUUUUGGGGAGCAAACGAAUGAGAGAACAACAAAAGUCGACAAUAUUGUGCGAAGGAAAAACACCGAAGCCUAACAGUUGACAACGUCCACACGGUGCUUAUUGAAAAUAAAUCGUGUCAAAUGUGUUUCGCGAAAAACUAUAGGUGAAGAAGCCCAUCAAUAAUCCAAUGCGUACAAAUCGAUGGUGUAUCGCUGAAAAUAUAAAACAUUCCCCCGGAUUUAGGUGCUCUUUCUAUCAACAUAAUCCAAGGUGUAAUACGUGUGUGAUUAACAAGUAUAGCGGAAAUAACAAGAAAAUAUACAAAGCUCCAAAUGACACAGAAAACUUUUAAGAAUAAACUGUAAUGAACACGUGAAAUCUUCAUUUGAAUGAGAACUGUUGAUGAAUGUGCAGAAAAUUACGCGACAUUUAACAGAACGUGUGUAUUAUAAAGAAAGAAAGAGAGAGAGAAACAUAGAAAGGAAAUGCAAUGGGUCAUGUGUAUAUUUUGUUGUAAAUAACAAUGAAGUGCGAUAAUGUAAUUUGAUGUGCUUAGGACAGACAGACAGACACACACACACACACACAGAGAGAGAGAGAGAGAGAGAGAGAGAGACCGAGUGAACAAAGUGAACAAGAGAAAAAGAUUGAGAGCUAUCGAAAUUUAGGCCAUUUGUAAUUGCUUAUCAGUUGUGUGUACGGCUCGACACUGCAAGCAUUGAGUUUUGUAUGGAUUACUCAAGCUCAUUCAGUUCCAAUGAAAUAUCUAUCAGUGUUUUUCGCUCCAUUUGUGACAAAUAACAAACAAAAAUUGUGCGUGUACAUGCAUAAAAUCAUUUGAGCGAUACGUGAGAUUCCUUUAAUUGCUUAAUAAAAGCCCACUAUAAAUAUAGUUUCAUUUUUGUGUGUUGUGCGUUUAAGAGCAUUGUCAUAUCCGCUUAGUGCGUUGAGAUAACUCAUGACUCGACCUAUUAAAAAUUCGUAUAUUGAAACCGAUAAAAAGAACGAGAGAGAGAGUGAGAGAGAGAAAGAGAGAUAGAAGAAGAAAAGUUAUUAGUCGCAUACAAAAAGUGAUCAGAUAGUGUUUGGCUCUCGUGAUGUGUGGUGUGCAUUUUUUCGAUUUCUUGUAUUGUAUGUGCGCGAGAGAUAUUGAAGCAUCCACACAUUUGCAAUUGCAUCGUGCAUAAAAUCAACAUAAAAUGAGUAAUAAAAAUUGUGUUAUAACAUCAUCAUCAUCAUCAUCGAUCGAUGGUAAAAGAAAUGGGAUACCGUGCGAUGCACGUUUAAUUGGUAAUCGUGCGGAAACAUUGUUGAUGAAUCGACAAAUGCAAAUGAUGGACACUGCAGCAUCACAGUCCAAUUUGCGGCCACAGCGGCACAAUCAAGAUUUUUCAAGCGCUUCACAUCGCAACGGAAAUGCCAAUUCAUUCAUAAAUGGCGAUUUGAUCGAUUUGUGCGAUUCGACCAACGAACAUUUAAGUGGUUCCAGUCGCGAUCUCGUUGAAGCAAUCAAUAGUCAACUAUUGGCCGAAAUCAAUGGAAAUGCCGAACCAACAAAAAAAACUAGAGACUGUUAUGUACUAUAUCCAACCAAAGUGUCAAUCGACAACAAUACACCAAUAUCAGGAACGAAAUUAAAUUACACGACGAAAAAAUUGAACAAUAGCGUUGAUCUGUCGAGUUCGACGCGUUCGUCCGAAGCAAUUGGCAAAUGUAGUGAAAGUAAUGGUUGUACAACAAUAUCUACACCAAUAGCACCAGCACCAACAAACGAACAACAUCAAACGGUUAUACGUGAAUUUAAGCGGCUUGGAACUUAUUGCACACUUCGACCGGAACAACGACGUAAACAUUUACUCAAAGUAUUGCCAACUUUACGCAAUUCCAUGCUAUUACAAACGAUACUCGGUUCGAAUGCAAACUGUGCCACAGCCGCUACCGCCGCCGCCAGCAAGAAUUUAUCCAAAAUUACAACAGCCGACGAGCUGCUGGCCACAAACAAAGACAUCGAUUCGCUUCUCAUUGAUUUGGACGAUUUCAUAAUUGACGGUAAUACAGCGUACAUGCAACGACAUAAUAACAAUGAACAACAACAACGAAAUUUUACAUCAAGCGAAUCAUUCGCAUCGAAUUGUGAUAUUCAGAGCCAAAGAUCGCUAAAAAAUGAUGCCGCUACAUCAAUCCCAUCCACAUGUUUAACGACUGCCGCCGAUUCAUCGGAUCAAAUCAGUAAUGGUUGUAUUAAAAUUGAUCCCGAUAAAGUUGAAGACUGUCUACUUGAAUUGGAUGCCUAUUUAGAAGAGAUUGAUCGUGAUUAUGUACUUGCAUACGCUGCAAAUGGGCCAAAUACAUCGUCGGCAACGACAACAUCCACAAUUUCACUACAUAACAAUAAUAAUACGAAAAUUAGCGCAAAUCAAACAAAUGAUUGUUCGGAAAAAACAGCGAAAAAUCACAUUGAUCGGCUACUUAACAUGGACAAUUUGUUGAAUUGUGACGACUGUGUCGCUACAUCAUCAUCAUCAUCAACAGGACAAAUCAAUCAAAUGAUAAUGGAAAAUUGCAUUGUGAAUGAUGCACGAUCGACUAAUAAUGACGGUGCAUCGAACUUACGGAAACAGAUUAGCAAUAGUGAUAUUCAAAUGAAUCGAUGUGGAAAUGACUAUGCAACAACGAAAAUAAAUGGCAUACAAAAUAAUAUAGACAAUAAACGGAAAUCGAAUGAUAGUUGUAACAUGGAUCAACCAUUGAAACGAGGACAUAAAUUACGUAACACGGUCGCUGUAUCGGGACUAAAUAAUCGAUUGCAUCGAUCGAAUACACCCAUUGUUGCCGUUACAUCCACCGCCAACACCUCAACAUCCAUUCAAAGUGUUGACAAUUCGCCAAAGAGAAUACGAUCGAAAAAUGCAGCAGUAUCUUGGCGACGGCUAUCGAUGAGAAAGACAUGUCCAAUCGAUUUACCUGAACAACGUUCACCGAGAGACGAUGCAACACGAAUUGCACGUACACUAUCAACGGCAACAAACCGAUCAAAACCGUCGACGUCGGCCAAUGAUUUUGCAAAUGGGAUUACGAAUUUCACAAGUCGAACGAAUUUCAAUGGAAAUAAUGAAAAUUAUUGUUUUAAUGAUACAUCAUCGUCGGCGACAGCAGGAAUGGCGAUCGCCACAACAAAUGCUUCUUUUUUUCAAUCGACAAUCAAUGGUGGUGGAAACAAUUCAAAUCAAAUGUCAACACCAUCGAAUGUUCAACAUGAUCACCAUCACGUCCUUGCUGAAUGCAAUAGUUCCAAUCAAUUGCCUGAAUUGAGCUCAUUAAAUAAUGAAUUUUUGAGCACGAUUUUGACAACAACAUCAAAUUAUCAACAACAAUCAAACACAAAUUCCGUAUUGUUGCAACACGAAACCAAUUUCACACAAAAUAUCGAUGAAGAAAUUGACCGUACAAUAACAUCGAAUACGAUGACGACGGCGAUGGCGACGACGACGGCUACGACAAUAGCUCCAACACCAUCUACAAUAACAUCAACAUUCGAUGAAUCGAGACCGAGACAAUUGGGCAGACGGUCGGAAAUGCGAUCGCGUAUCGUUUCAAUUACAGCUGAACGUAGUGCCGAAGGCAAUCAGAGGAUAAUUGUUAAUUGCGAUACGGAUAAUACGCAAUGUGCCACACAAUCAAAUCGAUCGACAGCGACAACGACAGCGACAGUGUCAACAAGUCCUACAAAUCAAUCAAGUCAAGCGCAACCAACAUCUUUGCAACGAUUAUCGAAUCAGUGCCAAUUUACGGCAUCCGAACCAAGUUCAUGUGCAUCGUCACGAAAUCCAAGCCCCGUUUCAAUUGCAUCAAGCAGUGAAACAAGCUCAUGUGGAUCUACAUCUGCCGGUGAAACAAACAUCGGAUCAACUCCGCAUAGAAGUAUGAAUGUGGCUAGUGAUAUAGAAACAUCGACUACAAACCGAACCAGCGGAGGAACGACACAGCGGCAAAUGAACUCAAAAACAAAAGUGUGGCCAUUUGGCUUUAGCCGAAUAUUUGCGGCAACAUGCUGUACGCUUGGCCUAUUCAAUAUUUCACGUUUUUCCAUUUUUAGCAUCAUUUUUGGUGGUAAUUUCAUUGUGCAAUUUCUGCUGAUAUCAUUUUUCCUUGGCAUUCCAAUGCUAUGGUUACAAAUGUGUUUGGGUGCAAAUAUAAAAGGUGGCCCGAUCUCAAUGUGGCGCGUUUCACCAAUUUGCAAAGGUAUCGGCAUUGCAUUGUUGCUGGUACAAGCAUUGAUGACAAUAUAUUCGGCAGUAAGUAUCGCUUGGAUGCUUGUUUACUUACGGGAUUCAUGCGUGUCCGCCCGAUAUCCAUGGUAUCGUUGGCAAGAAAUUUUCGAAUUUUUUCGCGGUCCAUCCGACAAUGGCAUUGCGAUCAUGUCAAAUACAAGUGAACCAUCGUCAACCUCAUCAAAAUUGGGCGAAACGGUUGCCGAUUAUUUCAACGGUGUGAUUUUACAACGAUAUCAAUUGGGUCCUGGCGGACGAGCGUCCAAUGGCAAUGGCAUUGGUGCGGUUCGAUUUCAAUUGGCAUUCAAUUUAUCCGUUGUUUGGUUAAUUGUAUUCGUUGUACUUUGCAAAGGUUUACGUUUGUAUGGUAAGAUUGUGAUUGCACUUGCAUCAUUUCCAAUGAUUGGAUUGGUUGCGCUUACCAUUAAAAUGUUGACGCUACUCAAUUUGGCUGCAUUUCAAAAUAUAUUCCCGGCAACCGAUUGGCAAGAAUUUUUUGUCAAUUCACAAAGUUGGCUGUCGGCGGCUCAAGAGGCAUUUCUAACGUGGUCAUUGUUAGGUGCAUCGAUUAUUUCAAUUUUUAGUAAAUCGUCAAAGUAUCAGCAAGAUGGUGAUAAGACUUUACGACGCGAUGCCUUGAUUGUGGUUGCAUUUACAUUAAUCGGUCUUAUUUUGGCGGCCAUUUUCGGAAAUGCAUGUGUUCAAAUUUUGAAUGAUCGCGGUUUUUUCUACUUUCCUGGUAGUUUUGAAACGAUGACAUCAUCCGUUUCACUUUUACCAUCGAGCAAACCAUUACCACCGCAAUUGGCAACGAGUCUAUCAAAAUGGCUACCGCGAUAUUCAACGUUGUUGGGUGAAAGUUACAAACGCAUCGAUCCGAAUUCAUUUGAAAGUGGUUGGCAACCAAUACGACUAAUUACCGAAAUAUUUCCAGCCACAUUGGCAGCCGCAACACUAGAUCAUUUAUCGACAUUUUGGAGUUUACUUGGUUUUACCAUGUUUUUAGUAUUCGGUUUGGCACAAUUGUGUGCAAUGUGGAAACCAUUGGCUACAUCAUUAUGUAAUUAUUCGGAAUCAAUAUCGGCAACAUCAACAACAGUACUUUUGACAUGUUUGGCCGGUUUGCUGCUUGGCAUACCGUUGACCACAGAAAGUGGUAUUAAUAUCAUUUACUUUUUGGAUUCGGUCAUUGGUGGCGCUUGGUUUGUCCUGCUGCUAUGGACCGGACAGAUAUUUGCGAUAUUUUUAGUACGUGGUCGUCCAUAUAGCGGCGAUAUUUUGGUGAAUCGCUUGCAUUUGGGUCUUACUUUAUCCGCUUUUGUGGCACUCUCCUGGAAUUUAUUGCUUCCAAUUGCCUUGCUGACGCUGUGUGUUCUUCAAUACAAAAUUUCAUAUUCAUACGAUUUCUAUCAUUGGAGCGGCAUCAUUUCACAAUCAUAUUGGCCGAUUUGGACGCGAAAAGCCGCCGCUUUCAUUCAAAUUGGCAUCUUUCAGAUCAUACCGAUUACGGCUAUCGUCCAAACCUAUAGAUAUUUGAGCAAAGGACCACCAGAUAUACUGGACCGUUUUCAGUUGCUAUAUCGACCACCAAUAAGUGCAGCACAACGAUCACACAGAUAUCCACUUCCACGAACCGAGCGCACUUCUCAUGCAACAUCAGCCAAUCAACGACAAUCAGAAAGUACGGGUUCGGCAUCGAUACCAGCCAUUGCGGUAACAUUGGAAAGUAAUCCGGUUUCAUUAACAUUGGACGAUGCACCACCAAAAUAUACACCGCCACCAUCAUAUACAACUGCAACCGGUGCCCGGAUUGCCAAGCUGCUACGUAACAGUAUUCGACGCAGUGUUCGAAGGAUUUUGGGAGAGCCAAAUUGUAAUAAUCGUCGACAGCGUGCAGCAUUACCAACGCACACCGUUGAAUUGUCGUUUGAUCAAAAUCCACCCGAAUAUUCGACGAUAAUUGCAACAACGGCAUCGGCGGCAACAACUUCCUCAAAUCAUGAUGAUCAUUCGUUGAACACCUCUAAUAUGGAUGAUGACAGUGAAUUUGGUCCGCGAAUUCUUUUCAAUAGUGAAACGUAUCGACAUCAAAUCGUCAAUACACGUCGCCAUACAACGACUAAUUUUCCAUCACAAAAAUCGCUCGAGAAAAUGGAUUCAUUUUCAUUAACAAUGCCACGACGUCAAACCGCCAUUUCUUCCGCAUCAAAUGAUCGAAGUAAUUUUCGAAAUUUAACUGCACAUGAUGUUGCACAAUUGCUUCGAUCUACACAGCAGCAGCAACAACAACAACAACUUUCAACAUCAUCAUCGUCACCACAAAUCGAAUUUAUACCGGAUACUCUUGCACCGAGCAGCAUUGAUAGUGCCACAUUUCCCAUUGGAGCCGAUUUGAAUGAUACACUAAGCAACGAUGAUCACAUUGAUAUUGGACAAGAGCAAGAAGCUUACUCACUAACUCGUUCGGUCGAGGAAUUGGUGCUGAAUGAAGUGCCAAUAGGUGAAAGUAGCGCAGCUGCUACAUUUUGUGAUAAAUAAAGAUUGAAACAAAAGAGAGACAGAGCGAGAGAAUAGGGAAAAAACAAUUCAAAAGCCCAUCAAAUCCUAUUUCACACCAAAAUUCACAUUUUACUACAAUUACUAUGUGUACAAACUAUGUAUCAUAAAUUUUCAUCAUUGACAUACACUAUUUUGCAAAUUAGAAUACUACUUAGAUUGCAGGAGAUCAUGUACAUGAUCAUGAAAAAAAGAGAGCGAGAGAGAGGAAAACAAAAGGAGAAUUGGAAAUAUGAUCGAUAGUCAACUUAGAUAGUAAUUCAAUUGUAUUUUGAGAUUAAGAAACAGAACACAAAUCAUUUGAUUUUAUUUAAAAAAAAAUUGCGUUCAUUUAUUAAAUAUAUAGUUCUUAGCUAAGAAAUUGUUCGAUUUUAAUCCAAAAUCAAGCAAAUCGCGACACGAUAGAGUCGAAUGCAAUCGAACAUUUUACAAUUGACCAACAAUGUUAAUAAAAUUAAUAAAUUAAAAAAAUUAUUCUAUUAAUAAAAAGAAAUACUUAGAGAAAAUAAA